AUGUUGGCGAGGGUGCUUUUGUUGUUUCAGAACCUACAGUGCUUGCCACAGGCGCAGCAGACGAAGCAGGCCGGCCUGUUGAGGGCGCUUUGGAGGAUAACG